CGCCGCUUACAUUUGUUUGGCAACAAGCCGUUUGACCGCACUGCUGACUUCAGAUCGAUUUAUUUUCCACGAACCGAGCCGCCCUCUGUUUAUAAAGCGGGCAGACCGGAGCUCGGUCCUUCUCGCAGCGGGACGACAUGGAGCUCGGACGCCGCCGCCGCGGUCCUGUAAUCCAGUGGCUGGCCCUGGCCGCCGUGAUGGGCGCUGUGCUCGGACUCGGCGAGGACCUGGACCGGCCUCUGUUCGGGCCUCCCGGCUCUCCCAUCCGGCUGCAGGAGUCCGACCCCGGCCUGAAGAGGGCUCUGGAUUUCGCAGAGGAGCGAUACAACCGCGGCUCCAACGCCAUGCACCUCCGGAAAAUCAGCCGGCUCGUCUCCGCCACCAAACAGGUGGUCAAAGGAAUCAAAUACACUUUAACAGUGGAAGUGAGCAACACUCAGUGUAAGAAGACUGCUAUGCUCAGGACAUGUGACUUUUAUCCUGAGUCACAUAAGCUCAAGACUGAGAUCUGCAUGUUUGAGGUGUGGGACAUUCCUUGGCAGGGCACUUCUACACUGCUCAAACAGAAGUGCCAGCCUAAAGUUGAAUCUGAAGUGGAGGAGACCAACAAAGUGGAGGAUUCGUCCAGCAACCAACCUCUGGAGGAAUCCGUGGAGCUGCUGGGCCAGUUUAAAGAGUUCAUGGUGAAAUACAAUAAAGUUUACAGCAGCCAGGAGGAGGCCGACCGGCGUUUGCGCAUCUUCCACGAGAACCUGAAGACGGCCGAGAAGCUCCAGUCUCUGGAUCAGGGCUCAGCUGAGUACGGAGUCACCAAGUUCAGUGAUCUGACCGAGGAGGAGUUUCGCUCGACUUAUCUAAACCCGCUGCUGAGUCAGUGGACCCUUCAUCGACCAAUGAAACCGGCUCGUCCUGCUCAGAACCCCGCCCCCGACAGCUGGGACUGGCGCGACCACGGAGCUGUCAAUUCUGUCAAGAACCAGGGGAUGUGUGGAUCCUGCUGGGCGUUCUCAGUGAUCGGGAACAUUGAGGGCCAGUGGUUCCUAAAGAAUGGAUCAUUGCUCUCACUAUCUGAACAAGAGCUGGUGGACUGCGACGGGCUGGAUCAGGCCUGCAGAGGAGGGCUGCCGUCUAAUGCCUACGAAGCCAUCGAGAAGCUGGGUGGCGUGGAGACCGAGACGGACUACUCCUACACGGGCCACAAACAGAAGUGCGACUUCACCUCCAGGAAGGUCGUCGCCUACAUCAACAGCUCCGUGGAGCUGCCUCCGGACGAGAGGGAGAUCGCCGCAUGGCUGGCUGAGAACGGACCCGUCUCCGUGGCUCUCAAUGCCUUUGCCAUGCAGUUCUACAGGAAAGGCGUCUCUCACCCUCUGAAGAUCUUCUGUAACCCGUGGAUGAUCGACCACGCUGUGCUGAUGGUCGGGUACGGGCAGCGUAAAGGCAUCCCAUUCUGGGCCAUCAAAAACAGUUGGGGGGAGGAUUAUGGAGAACAGGGUUACUACUACCUGUACAGAGGCUCCAACGCAUGUGGAAUCAGCAAGAUGUGUUCAUCUGCCGUCAUCAACUGAAACCACUGAAUGCACAUGGCUUCACAGCACGCCAGAGCUGCAAACCCACUGCACUAAUAAACUACUCACACACACGCACACAUUCAUCCACACGUCUCAUUCCCGGUAAAUCAAAACAGCGUUCAACCUUCAACCUCAAAUCAUGCCAGUUCUAAUGAAGCUCUAGCUUUGAUGUGAUACUAAUAUUUUAUUAUAGUGAGUUCAAACUGUUCCGUGUGUGUUUUAAGCUGUGCUACUCCUGAAGAUCGUUGUGGUUGCUGUUUUUUUUAGCUCGUGUUGGUUUCAACUGGUAUUUGCUGACAGUGGCUGAGCCCAGACUCAUUGCAGUAACUCUGUCUCAGUUUGCUUCAUGCUUUUGUUCCCAGUGUUCGUGCUAAUGUUGUUGUUUUUUUCUUUUCUUUUGAAAGAGGGUUCUGAAAGCUGUGACUUGAAGUUAAUAUCGACUUGCACAUGACUAAACCACUGCAAUACCAUCGGGAUAACUGCUGUAUGACAGUGAGCAACAAUCGAAGGUUGAAUAAAAAAAUUGUUAAAUCCU